GUGUUUUUUUCUCUCUUUGAAAAAUUCUCUGUGUUUCCCCUCUCUGUUUUCUCAAGUGUUAAUUUUUUUUAAAAUGAUGAUGAAUAUGAAAAAAAUGAUGUCUACAAUUCAACGAAUGGCCACAAUCAUUAUGAUAACAAAUAUUUUAACCGUUAUUUCUACUAAAGCUACCGAAGUAACUAUACAUGGUAAAAAUCAAGAAGUAGUAACGGAAAUUACUACAAUCGAUGUUGAUUCAAUUACAUGUAUAAGUCGUUUAUUAUUUUUUAUCUUGAUAAUUGGUGAUGUUUUAUCCAUAUUAGUUAUUAGUUAUACAAUAUUUGAUUGUGUUAGUAUGUUAGGUGAUCAAUCAAAAUAUCGAAAAGAUUCUCGUUAUCCAAUAAGAGGAAAAGGUUCAGAUGUUAAUAUUACAUUAGCAUCAGUUAAAGAAACAUUAGGUAGUUUUCUACAAACACCAAGUAAAAAAAUUAAAGAAUUUUCAUUGAAAUCAUCCACACAAUCAAAAACACAAUCAAAAACAACAUUACCGAUAACAAUUAGUACAAGUGGUUCAAAAUCUGAUUCAAUUGUUGUUACACCAACAUCAACAACAACAACAACAUCAAAAGAUGGUAAAAAGGAAAAAAUUGUUAUACAAAUUGAUGAAAAAGAUUUUGUUGGUAAACAAAAUAUUGUUAUUAAUCAAGCUGGUGCUGAAAAAGCAACAAUUAAAUUAACAAUUAAAGAUGAUGAUAAAUUAACAACAUCAGCUAGUAGUGAUUUGAGUAGCAGUACUAUUGGUGCUAGUAAAUCAAAAGAAAAUUCAAAAGCACCACCACCACCACCACCAGUAAUACAGAUACAGAUAAAAGAUCCACAGAAUAAAUCGAUAACAGUUCCAUCAACAUCAACAUCAACAACAUCGGGAAAAGAAGAAACGGCUACAAUUCAGAUUAAAUUACAAGCUGAACCAGCAAAAACAACUGGACCACCACCACCACCACCGCCACCACCCCCACCGGAACCAUCAGCAUCAAAAACACAACCAUCGGAUCCACUAGCAUCAAAAACACAACCAUCGGAUCCACUAGCAUCAAAAACACAACCAUCGGAUCCACUAGCAUCAAAAACACAACCAUCGGAUCCACUAGCAUCAAAAACACAACCAUCGGAUCCACUAGCAUCAAAAACACAACCUUCGGAAAAGCCAGCAUCAAAAACACAGGCACCAUCAAAAACACAAGCACCAUCAACAAUUAAUAAAAGUAAUUUACCAAGUUCUUCCGGUGCAUCCGGUAUUAGUAAUAGUUCAAUAAGUAGUGCUGCUAGUAGUGCCGCUAGUAGUGCUGCUAGUAGUGAUAUUGACAGUAAAUUACUUUAAUCAUAAUUAUUAUAAUGUGAUUAAGUAAUGGGUGAGGUGGAAGGAGAGGGUGUAUGUGGUGGUGAAUGGUGGUGUAAUAUAUGUACA